AGAUACUCUAAACGUCAAGUGUCACCGUAUCGUUUGCGACCAAAGUGCCCCGUUUUAGGGUUAGUAUUCAUCUUAUUUUAUAUAUUUUUAAUUCAUUUUAUCCGAUUCCAUUCCGACAUUACGUAAUUUAAGCGAAGACGCACCGUUUGGAGUACUCCAAUCGACAUUUUGCUCGGUAUUUAUCACACAUAGACCUCGCGAAAUAAGCACGGACGUACUUUCGCGUUACCGUGUCGAUUUUAACAUCUACAGAAAGUAUUUUUAGACCGUUCGGUUUGUUCUUUUCGACGUUGUUAAAUAUAGGAAGAUUCCAGACGAUUCUAUUACUUGCUAGAACGAUCAUUCUAAUGCGUUGGAAGUUUCUAUAACAUUAAGUAAAUUUUGUGUGUUUGCAGGAUAGACAUGUCUUUUCCCAGGUCACCGUAUACCGGCUUUCCCUUCGAUGAGGAAACCCCCGAAGAGUUCCCUUUCAAUUCUCCGACGACCAGAGGCGCCAAUUUACAAUCUACGCUUGACGACAUAGCCAGAAGACAUCCGAAAAUCGCCGAGCAUUUGACCAACUUCAACAGCCCUCGAACGGAUCGUUCGAGAUUCCCCUUCGAUAGAGACUUCGAUCGAUACUCCAGACAAUUCUACGAACAUCCCGAGGACCUUUUGCAGUCCAGGGAAUUCCAAAGAAACCCCAGAAGUUUCUACGAACAUCCGGAGGAUCAUUCGCAGGCCCGAGAGCAACACAACACCCAUCCCGAACAGCCGAAAGGCUCCUCUGAUAUCCCCGAAACCCGCCCGGAGCAGUCACCCGGUCAAACCUCCAAUCUCCAGCAAAGCGACUCGUUCGAUUCGACCCGACGACCUCUCGGUGUCGAUGAGAGGAGCCCCAGGUGUUCGUCAGCGCCGCCAGGGGGCGAUAUCAAUAUCGAUCGGGAACUGAAGGAACCUCCGGGAAACAUGGCCCGCGAGCAAGGGAAGCCCGUGGAAAGGAUCAUUCCGAUUCUAUUGGAAGGAAGCGAAGAGCCCAUUGUGCCUAAGACUAGCGGGUCAUCCAGACAGGAGCCCCCGCAGGCGUCGAAUCGUAGAGGUUUCGAUGAAGACCAGCCGGAUCACGCCGGCGCAUCCUCCAAGCAGAACGUAAGUUCCGGGGCUCGAGUACCCGUGCAACAGGACGUUUUAGAGGAGCACGAACAGCCCAAAUUGGAGCAAUCCGAACCGCCCGGGGUCCCUUUGUCGCCCAUCGAGCAAAUCCAGGCGAUUAAACGAGACGUUUCCGAGCUACUGGACGACGUGGAAAAAUUCUCGGGAGCCACCAAAGACAAGAGAUAUUUGUAUUUGGACGAGAUGCUGACGAGGAAUUUGCUGAAAUUGGACGAUAUCGAUACCCAGGGCAGGGAGAACGUGCGAGCGUGCAGGAAAGAGGCCAUAAAGUGCAUCCAGGGGGCCAUUUGCCUGCUGGAGAACAAAGUGAAAUGCGGAGAAUCCGGCAAAUCCGGUCAAUGCGGGAACGUCGAUGAAUCCUCGCAGACCGCCGAUUGUGCUGGUUGUGCCACGGACGAGGCCGGUUCGGAGACUAGGGCGGUUUUAGUGAGUGACGAUGCGGAGAAGAUGGAAAAUAGGGCGGUUUUAGUGAGUGAUAAGGCGGAGACGUCCGAUGCGAAUAAGGAAACGAGGGCUGUGUUGGUGGACGGGCCUCAAGACGAGGCCCCCGUUGAUUCCAAAGGAGUCAAUCCAGCUGUCGGAAAGGUUCAGGAAACGGAUGAUAAGAAGGAGAAUAAAGGAAAAUAG